AUGGCAGCGAGGACAAACCCGCCCGGCCGGGCCCAAACAUGCCCGCAAAGACCCCACUACCACGUUGCAGCAGGCCGGCCGGAGCGCCGCCGCCACCCAGCCACCGCCGUCGCACCUACUCCACCUCCAGGGAGCACCACCGGCGCGCCAUGCGUAGCCCGCCCGCCCAGCCCCUCCGGGCCCCGAACUGGGCCCAGAUCUAGGCCGAGCAGGCCCUGCCAUGGCUGUCUGCCUGCGCUGCUCUGCCGCCAACGGCCGCGCCGCCGCUCCUCCACCCACCCGACGCACGAGUUCCACCCCGCCGCGCCGGACCGUUGUCCGCCGAAGUGCACCGCCGCCGCCAAGGUCCCGAUACCCCGAGCGCAGCGACGGGUAAAGACGACCCCGCCCCCGCCGGCACCACCCACGCAAGGCCCGGCGGCUCCCGCCGACGGCGGCGGCAACGGGGGAGUGCCAGGGGAGGGGGAGCGCCGGCCGGGGAGAAGGCGCGGCCCGGCCACCGCGGGCGGGGGGGAGGAUAUGGGGACGGGAGCUACGGUGCUUGGCAGCAUGAGUUUCCAGACGCGCACAAAUACGACCAACAACCAACAGGUACAGAUGGUUCAGUGUGUGGUCGCGAACAUGAAUAUUGCUUGCGCAAACAUGAACAUGGCAAGGCAGAUGAUGAAGAACGCCUGUGCAAGCAUGAACAUGGCAGCCCACAGCAUGAACAACCUUGUAGCAACCAUGCUGCAAGGUGAGAUGGGUGCACCGGCACAAGCUGCCCAGUUCUAG